GCGCUACCCCCGUUCCCGGGAUGGGAAGGUAGCGGCGGUGCGGGCUCGUCGGGGAGCGCGGCGGCGGCGGCCGAGCGGGGCCCCAUGUUCUCCCCCGGCCCGGAGGAGCCCUGCGCCCCCGGCAAGGAGCCGGCCAAGUACGGGGAGCUGGUGGUGCUGGGGUACAAUGGUGCUUUACCUAAUGGAGACAGAGGACGGAGGAAAAGCCGGUUUGCUCUCUAUAAGCGUCCCAAGGCAAAUGGUGUCAAGCCCAGCACAGUCCAUGUGAUAUCUACACCCCAGGCGUCGAAGGCUAUCAGCUGCAAAGGCCAGCACAGCAUCUCCUACACUUUGUCAAGAAACCAGACUGUGGUGGUGGAGUACACACAUGACAAAGACACGGACAUGUUUCAGGUGGGCAGGUCCACCGAAAGCCCCAUUGACUUCGUGGUCACAGACACCAUUUCCGGCAGCCAGAACAGCGACGAAGCCCAGAUCACGCAGAGCACCAUCUCCAGGUUCGCCUGCAGGAUCGUGUGUGAUAGGAGCGAGCCCUACACGGCACGGAUAUUCGCCGCUGGCUUUGACUCUUCCAAAAACAUCUUCCUUGGAGAAAAGGCAGCAAAAUGGAAAAACCCCGACGGCCACAUGGACGGGCUGACCACCAACGGUGUCCUGGUGAUGCACCCGCGAGGUGGCUUCACCGAGGAGUCACAGCCUGGGCUGUGGCGCGAGAUCUCGGUCUGUGGGGAUGUGUACACGCUGAGGGAGACCAGGUCGGCACAGCAGAGGGGCAAGCUGGUGGAAAGUGAGACCAACGUGCUGCAGGAUGGCUCCCUCAUCGACCUGUGUGGGGCCACACUCCUCUGGAGAACGGCGGACGGCCUUUUCCACGCUCCCACGCAAAAGCACAUCGAAGCUCUGCGGCAGGAAAUCAAUGCUGCCCGCCCUCAGUGUCCUGUGGGUCUCAACACCCUGGCGUUCCCCAGCAUCAGCAGGAAGGAGGUGGUGGAGGAGAAGCAGCCCUGGGCAUAUCUCAGCUGUGGCCACGUGCAUGGGUACCACAACUGGGGCCACCGGAGCGACACGGAGGCCAAUGAGAGGGAGUGUCCCAUGUGCAGGACUGUGGGCCCUUAUGUGCCUCUCUGGCUGGGCUGCGAGGCAGGAUUUUACGUAGAUGCGGGACCCCCGACUCACGCUUUCACCCCCUGUGGACACGUGUGCUCUGAGAAGUCUGCAAAAUACUGGUCUCAGAUCCCACUGCCCCAUGGGACCCACGCAUUCCACGCUGCCUGCCCUUUCUGUGCCACGCAGCUGGUCGGGGAGCAGAACUGCAUCAGAUUGAUUUUCCAAGCUCCGGUUGACUGAUGCCCUUCACAGCCAUCCCCGGGCACUGUCAACAGUUACUGUGAAGAUUUCACCACUAACCCUAGACCCAACUUUUUGUAAUGCUGUUCACAGAGAGAAAGGGCGGACUGGGAAGCAAGGAGAUCCAGCAGCAGUGCCACACAUACCAGCAGUGUGUUGCAUGUUCCAGACGGUGCGGUCCCCGUUGGCAUCCACUUGGUUAAACCAUAGUCUCUGUUUGAUCAUUGGUGGUCAGCUGCCCUGCUAUUGUUUUUAACCUUGGUUUUUUAACAAUGUUUUAUUCCCUUUGUAAACUCAGACAAAAUUUUAAAUCCUAUUUUGCAAGUGUACAAGAAAUGUAUUCACACGUUGUUGUCUCGUAGCUUGCAGCCGCGGUGCCACAUGUCCAGGUGUCACAUGUCCAGGUGUCACCUGAAGACAUACAGUAUCUGUGCCCAUGGGCGGUGCCUGGAAUCCAUCCGGCCCAGGGGCAGACGUAGUAGAUGGGCAAGAGACCUUCGAUGCAGGGGCUUGUUCUGAAAUGUGGGCCUCUUUUCUGGUUUAUUUUACCGAUGUUUUAGGGGAGAGAAUAUUCAUGUAUGAUUGUGGGUUUUUUCUUACUUUAGUGGAAUUUGCUUAUACACUCAUACAUCAGAUACUUGGCAUUCCAAACAAGAGAAUUUUCUAUGAUGUUUUAGUCUGCGUUUUAUGUUUCUUCUUAAUAUAGUUUUUCCCGUCUUCAUCUUGCAUGGCCAGAACUGCUUGAUGGAGUGAACCCAGCAGCAAACCCAGAAGUUUGCUAGGCGGCAGACCUAUGUGGCCAUGCUGCGGCCUCGGGACUGUGACUCCAGCUUGGUCUGCACACUGAGUUGUUUAAGCUUUGAGAGAGAUUCACAUUGCACUUUUACUUUUUAAACCACUUGUUGGGGUUUCCUGAGAUUUUUUUUUUGUCGUCUUCUGUAAGUCAGAAUUCUGUGAGCCCAAAGGCAACAAACCAGAGUGAUGCUGUCAUUUUUGUUCACUCCCCACCAUGUGUCACCUUCACAGCUUCAGGAGGCCUCAGUUUUCAAAAUAUUUUCAAAUCCUACUAAAUUUAAAUGUUACCAUUAGAUAUCCCCAGCACCAAGUGAUUCAUCUGCAGUGACAAUUUUAAAUUCCUGACUUUGCGAGAGCAAAUGAGUGUUCACUGAGGAAUAAUUAAGUCAGAAUUUGAUAUGAGCUCCCCCAUCCUGCAUGAGCUGUCGGUGUCUUUUCGUCUUGGUGAAUAAUUCUGGGUGCUUGCUUUAUGUGCUCAGUACUGGGAGUGUCACUGUUCCCAAAAGUAGAGAAGCUGGCUGAGCUGAAAUAGGUCCCUGCACAUGGAGCAAGUGUUCAUUUGAACUAACAUCCUCUUCAAUGGAUUAGCGGAUUUGAAAUACGUUUUUUAACUUUUAUAAAUAUAUGUAAUUUAUAUGACUCUAAUAUACUAUAUUCAUACUUGAAUUGGUUUUCCCAUAUUUUGCCUACUGGCAAGUAUUUGCCCAUUUUUAAUCAUUCUAACCUGUUUGAAUACUCUUUUUCUUAAAGUGAUAAGAUAUAUAUCUCUUAAUUGCUGCUGCUUAAUUUAACUUAAUAUUUUAAAAGUUCAGCCUGUCAGUUUUAAAAUAGCUUUAUUUUUCAAUGGAGAUCAUUGUUUAGGAUGGGGUAUUUUUGUUGGGGUAAUUUGUAAAUUAUGUGAAAAUCCAACAAUAGUCCUCUUACUGAUAGCUUCCUCUAUUCUAUGUAGCUUACUUGCAGACACAAGAGAUAAGAAAAAAUGGAAUUGCCUACAAUGAUGUAGUGAAUGCUGCCUGGCUUAUUCAGAGUCUCCAGUAAUUAGGUAUCCCUGAGAGAGUGAGUCUCACACUUGUAAUCUUUGGGCUCCGAGAAAGAUGAAGUAGGCCCUUGUUUCUUUGUCUUGCUGUAUGACUAGAGGUCACCUGGGGAUUCUUGAUACCCUCGAUCAUCUUGUAAGGUACAUGGCUUUGCACCCAGAAAGGCUGCAUUUCACCUACCAAAAAAAGAAAAGGGAAGUUUCUUUCUGGGGAGUUACGCUCUGAUAUCAUGUUCCCGUGUUCAUAAAUAUGUCCAUCUGGUAAUUAUCCGGGCACCAUGUGUCCCAAAAUAAGGUUACUUUUGACCUUGAAAAGUUUCUGGCUUGUAGUAAACUCAGAUAGCUUAAGUGCAAGCUGAGAUUUGGCCAGUAAAUUCUUGGUAAGAGGGCCAACCUCUGUCAGCUUCAUGUCUUCUCCUUGGGCUUCCCAGUGUGGUCCCUUCCCGCCCUGCCCGGGGGCCCACACAGAGGUCCAGCAGCUAUAGAAAGGAAGCCAGGCUCACUCACUCGGUACUCCGAGAACUUAGAUACCCUCAUAAUUUUGACUGAUGAAAUUUGUUUUCAGACUUGAAAGCAGUUUGGUUUGUGAGGAAAAAAAGCUCUAGCUCACCAAAGUAGAAUGACACAGUAGAAGAAAAAUAGCCUCUCCAGGGUCCCUUCUGCUUUGCAUCUGCCUCAGCAUCAUGUCGAAGGACCAGAGUGCCACCCCUGACAGGCACUCAGAGUCGCAGGCCCGCUGUGCCCGGUCACAGCCUGACCAAGAUGCCUUUUUUGACUAGGUUUCCAGAAGUAAAGCCCCAGUCAUGUAUUCCCAUGGAUAAUUUCAUUCAGUUGUUUAUGUCAGUUUACUACAAACAAAAAAAAAAAGAUUCAGAGUGGAUGGUGUACAACUCUGAGUAUUUUUCUAGUCUGGAAUUUUUUAUUAAUAAUUGGUGCUGCCGGGUCAUGCAUGCUGCAACCCUCAACAUUUCCCUUAUUUGGCUCAGCUUUUUGCAGAAAGGGCUACAGUUCACACGGCAGAGUAAGUAUUAAGCUUUCUGGGUUUUUUUCUCCCCCGACUGUGGCCCAAGAGAAUUAAAAUCUUUUAAUAUAAAUAACAUAUUUAUCAUUCCUCAGUAGUUAAUUGUAGAGUUUGGUACCUUUGUGCCUCAGGGAAGCCACGUGAUAUAACUGGUUUUAGAAAUUCAGGGUUAGGGUUUAAAGAAAGGAGAAAGCCAUUGGAAAAAUGACGGGCUCCAGUACAAAGACGAAUGAAUCUGGAUGCAGAAAUGUGCCAGGAACUGGCAUAGACAUGAUUGUAGUAGAAUUUAUUUUCCAGUACCAGUGGGGAAAUCAUUUUAAGUUAUUACAUGUACUGUAUUAGGAAAGUUGAGGAGCACUCUUUUUCAUAAAGCUUCAAUGCCUUUUACUUUUACUUACACAGAAAAAUGCAAACCUCUUGUUAUCUUGGAGCUCAGUAUUGUUAUUUGGGCACUUUUAAGAGUUUGGGAGCUCAUUUUAUACUUAAUUUAAAGGUACUAUGGGCUAUAGAAUUGUUGCCUGUGGUCCUGAUUUUGCUUAACUUCUUUUGUAAAGCCGUUCUGUUCUUCGGAUGUGCAGAGAGGUGUGUGGCCACACCGGUGUGAGUGCUGAAUAGAAACUUGCAGUCUUCCUGUGAGCUUGCCUCCUAAUGGAACUUCUCACAGACAAAGUGAGGAACCUCGACUCAAGCCAGACGCCAGAGGCCGCUCUGUCCACUUGGCUCCACCCAGGUCCCCAUAGUGAGCCUCCACAGUGCUAAAGCUCCUCACAGUGCAGGACAGAGAGCGCCACUCACUUGUCUUUUCUUUAUGACACAAAGACAAAGGUGACAACUUCAGGAUCUUUUUAAAACAAUGUAAGCAUUACUGAAGCAGUCAAACAAAGAGGGUUGAGUAUUUUCUUUUUACUAAGACAUAUCUUCUCAAAUGAGUUCUUCACCCUCAUGAAGAAUCCCUAGAGAAUGGGGAAAAACAAAUAUUUUUCCAGUUCUAUUUAACUGUUUCUUAGUAUGUUUCUAAACAAACAAAAAUAAACUCAAUGAAAGGGAAGUUUGUUUGUUUUUUUCAGCUGGAAUGAAAGCUCUCUUCUCUGUAUUAAAUAAUCUAGAAUUGAAAGGGUUGGUCAUAUUUACCACGUAGAGUGUUAUGAGCAGUUAAAUUUUAUGGAUAUAUUUGUAAAAUUGUUCUUUUAUAUUUCAUGUUAAAUUGAAAAGUUUAUUUCUUCACUAUUGUACCUGUGGAAAUACAAGCCAUUUUACAGGAAAAAUCUUCAAAACCUAUUAAACGGAUCUCACUAUGUUUGUGAGCUGUCUUUA